AUGUCCGCUACGAUGAGAUCGACCGGUUUGGUCCGCGGAACGCCUGCAUUCCGGUCUGCAUUGAUCGCCCGCAGUCGUCCCAGUGCAUUGAGCCCGGCCUCCAUUGCAGCCCGCAGCCUCCUACGCAAUGGCCGCGACCUACCUUCUCAAAUCUCGGCGCUUGCCAUCCUGAUGCCCCAGCGAGGAUACGCAACAGAGCAAUCUACUUCAAAUCAAUCCUCCCAAAACUACCCUCCCCCCGGUUUCAAUGCUGAGCAAGCCAAGAAGCCGCUCGCUGAGCAAGAAACACAGCCAACUGCCAUUCCGAAGACACAGAUUGCCGCGACUCAUAUAGAUGCCACCAAGGCUCCGGGAGUAGCUAAGACGAACCCGGAUGACCAGAAAUUGGCGGAGAAGAAGAACGCGAAAAAGUUGACAUUCCGACAGAAGGUCAAGAAGGAAUUGCAACACUACUGGGAUGGCACAAAGUUGCUUGCCACGGAGGUCAAGAUUAGUUCACGGUUGGCGUUGAAGAUGGCUGCUGGUUAUGAGCUCAGUCGCCGCGAGCACCGUCAGCUUCAACGUACUACGAAGGAUCUGGGACGUCUCGUUCCUUUCUCGAUGUUCCUCAUUGUCCCCUUCGCCGAACUCCUACUCCCCGUCGCCCUGAAGCUCUUCCCCAACAUGCUGCCCAGCACCUACGAGGGCCAGAAGGCCCGCGAUGCCAAAGCAUUGAACCUUAGCUCGACUCGCAAAGAAGUUUCUGGAUUCUUGCGCGACACCCUGCGCGAGACCGGUCUGCCCUUGACCGCUGCCACCGUCAAGAACGACGAAUUCACAGACUUCUUCCGCAAGAUCCGCACCACCGGUGAAUCGCCCUCAACAGAGGAUGUCAUCAAGGUCUGCAAGAUCUUCAAGGACGAUCUCACGCUGGACAACCUCUCCCGACCCCAGCUAGUCGGUAUCUGCCGCUACAUGAACCUGAACUCAUUCGGCACCGAUGCCAUGCUCCGCUACACCAUUCGCCACCGCAUGCGCCAGAUCAAGCGUGACGACCGUGCCAUCUUCUACGAGGGUGUUGAGUCGCUCUCCGUCCCUGAACUGCAGAUGGCCAGUGCUUCUCGCGGAAUCCGCACCCAUGGCGUCUCCCCCGCACGUCUGCGCGAAGACCUCGGUAUGUGGCUGGAGCUGCGUCUGAAGCAGGGCGUGCCCUCCACCCUUUUGGUUCUCAGUAACGCCUACCUGUACACCCAGGGCGGCAAGGAGUCCGAGAUGGCGUCUCAGAUCGAUGCGCUCAAGUCUGUGCUCUCCAGUAUUCCUGAGGAGCUGUUCCACGAAAUCGAGCUCGAGGUCCACAAUGCCGAGGGUGCUGCUACCAACAAGCAGCGUUUGGAGGUCAUCAAGGAGCAGGAGGAGUUGAUUACGGAGGAGAUGAAGCAGAACAGCGAGAACGAGGGCAAGGGUGUUGCUGCGCCUAAGGAUAUUGAUGAUAUUGAUGAGAAGGAGGAGGCCAGGAUCGAGGCCCUCGGCAAUGGCGACAAGCAGGGUGCUGAGGCUAACGAGGCCUUGGAGGAAGGCGAGCGAGCUGAGAAGAGCUCCGAUCCCAAGGAGGCGAAGAAGAACGAGAGCUCGUAG